AUGGCAAUAGAUCUGUACUACACUCCGGAUUCGCCGGCCUGCCGGUUGGUGCUGCUGGUGGCAGCCGCGCUAGACCUCCAAAUGGAGCAUCAUCACAUCAACUUGCAGAAUGGCGAUCAAUAUGAUCCUAAAUAUUUGAAGAUAAACCCCCAACACUCUGUGCCCACGAUUGUCGACAACGGAUUUCCAGUAUGGGAGGCUCGCGCCAUAGGCAGGUACCUCGUCAACAAGUACGGCAUGGGCAGUACGCUAUAUCCUACAGAAUUGAAAGAGAGGACGUUGGUGGACAUGCGCCUGGACUUUGAUUUAGGCGUCCUAUAUGAAAGAUUUGCAUAUUAUUUUUACCCGCAAUUGUUCAUUGGGGAACGUCCAGAUAAGGUGCAUUUCGCAAAAUUAUUGGAGGCCAUGUUCUUCUUCAACACCUUCCUCGCGGGUGAAACUUACGCCGCUGGCCCAACGCUGACCCUAGCUGACCUCAGUUUGGUCAGUACAAUAUCUACUAUAGAGGCUUCGGGCAUGGAUUUGACGCCUUUCGAAAAUAUUCUUGAGUGGUACACACGGGUGAAGGCCACUGCGCUAAAAUACGAAGAGACCAAUGGAAAAGGACUCGAGGUAUUUAAAGAAAUGGUUGACAACUGGCGAAGAAAUAAAACGGAACUUUAAAGUGUUACGAUGUCAAACCGUGACUAUAGGACCUGUAAAUGGCCCGAAACGUAGUUUUGUUUGAAAAACAAAUAUACGAGAUUUA